CCCGCAGGAGGCCCCAAAUAAGCAGGUGGAGAAGAAGCCUCCGGGCCCCUCCGUGUUCCCCACGGGAGAGCAAUGGCCCUCAGGAGCCCUUCUGGAAGCCGCACCCUGCCCAGGCCGCUGGGGCCGCCUUGCUCCCGCCGCGGCCGGUCCGCCGCGAGCCUCCGCCCCUUCCUCCGUCUCCAGGUGGCGGCGCGGCGGGGGGGCGAGCUGGAGCGGGAGCCGGCGCGCAGGCCGACCGCGCCACGCCCCCGCCGGUCCCUGGUCCCCGCCGCCGCCGCUCCGCCGUCCUGCCCUCCCGUCCGCCGGCGUCGGGCUCAGUCGGGCCGGACGGAGCCGCGGCCUGGCCUCCGGCACCGGGACCCGAGAGAGGGUAUCUUCUGCCCUUCUGCCCUCCUGCCUGCUGUCCAUUUCCUUCCAGAGACUCACCUAGCAGCCACGUCACAAAGUGUGGAGCUUUGAGGCACCGAGAAGAGUCAGCAGAAGCCAUACAGACGACGCAUUCUCAAGGGCCUUACCCAUCACCAAUGAGGCCCAGCCUUUGCUACAGCCUGAACCACAUCCUAGAAACAAGAUGGCGGUAGAGAGACUGGUGCAUUCCUGAGCCCAUGAGGGGUGAGGCCCCUCCAGGCCCAAAGAUGGGGAACAUCACUGGAGACAACGGCUCGCUGAGCUGUGCCAUCGACCACACCAUCCACCAGACGCUGGCGCCGGUGGUCUAUGUCACGGUGCUGGUGGUGGGCUUUCCAGCCAACUGCCUGUCCCUCUACUUCGGCUACCUGCAGAUCAAGGCCCGGAAUGAGCUGGGCGUGUACCUGUGCAACCUGACAGUGGCCGACCUCUUCUACAUUUGCUCGCUCCCCUUCUGGCUGCAGUACGUGCUGCAGCACGACAACUGGUCCCACGGCGACCUGUCCUGCCAGCUGUGCGGUAUCCUCCUGUACGAGAACAUCUACAUCAGCGUGGGCUUCCUCUGCUGCAUCUCCAUCGACCGCUACCUGGCCGUGGCCCAUCCCUUCCGCUUCCAUCAGUUCCGCACCCUGAAGGCCGCCGUGGGAGUCAGCGUGCUCAUCUGGGCCAAGGAGCUGCUGACCAGCAUCUACUUUCUCAUGCACGAAGAGGUGGUGGAGGACCGGGACCGGCACCGCGUCUGCUUCGAGCACUACCCGCUCCAGCCCCGGCAGCGCAGCAUCAACUACUACCGCUUCCUGGUGGGCUUCCUCUUCCCCAUCUGCCUGCUGCUGGCCUCGUACCGGGGCAUCCUGCGGGCCGUACGCCGCAGCCACGGCACCCAGAAGAGCCGCAAGGACCAGAUCCAGCGGCUGGUGCUCAGCACCGUGGUCAUCUUCCUGGCCUGCUUCCUGCCCUACCACGCGCUGCUGCUCGUGCGCAGCCUCUGGGAGUCCAGCUGCCACUUCGCCAAGGGCAUCUUCAACGCCUACCACUUCUCCCUCCUCCUCACCAGCUUCAACUGCGUGGCCGACCCCGUGCUCUACUGCUUCGUCAGCGAGACCACGCACAGGGACCUGGCCCGCCUCCGUGGGGCCUGCCUGGCCUUCCUCACCUGCGCCAGGACUGGCCGGGCCCGGGAGGCCUACCCACUGGGCACCCCCGAGGCCUCAGGGAAGAGCGAGGAGCCCAACGUGCUGACGAAGCUCCACCCGGCCUUCCAGACCUCGCGGCCACCCGGAGCGGGAGGGUCCCCAGCGGGCGGACUGGCCUAGCUGCGUCACCCCGUCACCCGCGUGCGGGGCGAAGCCAGGCCUGAGCUUGCUCGACGGCUGCUGCCCACUUGGCCAAGGCAGGUGCCUCUGGCUGCUGGAGGGGACGAUGGACCUGGGCCACGGGGCCCUGGGUCUGGGCCGCAGCACAACCUCUCUGGCUCCAGGGAACCCGCUGUGGCUGCCGAGUCCGACGGGGCUGCUUGUUGAGUGUGGGGAUAAGCCCCGACGGCACAUGGGGGUCGUCUGCCGCCAGCUGGGCGGCUGGUGGGAGGAAGACCUGCUCACCUCCAGGAGGUUUGCAAAGAGAAGCUCGGGUGGGGGAUGCAGAGUGUGAGGACGUGGAGAGAGGGGCCUGGGAGAUGAGAGUGGGUACCUGGGGGCACACCUGCCAGGGCCUUCCAUGCCGUUGUCACCGAUGAUACCGGUCCAAAUGCACUGGUGUAAUCGGGGGAGGUGACACACGAAAGUGUAUUGUUAUCAUUCAUACUUGAGCCUCACUCCACGAAGGGGUGGGAAGGAAGAUGAGUGGGCCCGGAGGUUGGAUGGGGAGAAGGAAUGUAGGGAGGGGUUUGGGGCACUGGGAGUGUGUGUUUGUGGGGGACAGUGGGGGAGUAACAGGCAGAGGAAAGACACCAGAUACAGCCAAGUCACAGUUUCACAGGCGAGGAGAGUUGAGCAGAUUCCCCAAGCCCCAGGGCUGAUGGAAAACAAAUCCUAGGGCUCCCUGGGGCUCCGUAGGGCGAUGUCUGUGGUCCUUUAAAGUCAGCACUGAAGUUCAUGGGUCAGGACAGAGGCCUGAAGCAGUAUAUCCAACUGAGUUCCCUACACAGAUUCGCCUCAAUUCAUCUUCUGUUUCUAUCUGCCUUGAAGCACCAGACCCGGAAGCCUGCGACUUUGUGUGUGUGUGUGUGUGUGUGUGUGUGUGUGUGUGUCCGUGGUUAAAAUGCCAGGGUCUCCAUGACAGCUCUGCCCCAAACCACUGAGGCUAGGGUCAUGUGACUGCGGGCAGUGUCCCCUGCCACACAGACUGGAGUGCCUAGCAGUCUCAGAGAGGAGCAUGACAUUCUCCCCAAGUUCUUAGAACAAAACAAACAACACGGAGAUGCACGCUCUGUUACCUCUCAGCCCACAGCCCCGGGGUGAAGCUCCACUGUGGUUUAAAUAGCUCCUGUGACAAGAAGAGGAGGGGGCCUUGGGCUCGCCUUGCCUCCUUGGUCCUUCAGCACUGCUCCUCUGCCAGAUGUCCCACCCCACCCCCCUGGAGAGUGACAGUGGGCCCACGGGCCACAUGCAGACCAGGGUACUGACCUCCGUCUCUUGUUCUGUCCUGGAAGGCUGGUGACAGGGCUUCUGCAACUUCGUGCCCCAUCAUAUUAAGCCUCUGCCUGGGGGAUAUACCAAGGACCAGAGGAGCGUCUUGCUGCUCCAGGGACCUGCCCACCUUUUUAGAAAUGCUAGCCCUUCAGAUUUCCUGGUCAGUGGGCUGGAGCCAGUUCUGACUUCCCCCAAAGACCUGGGAUUUGAGCUCUCACAGCUAAGAGGCUAGGUGGGCUCAAGCCCGGGGAGGGACCAGGGAUGGGAAGAUAGAAGCUGGCAUCAGUAGAAGAUUUCUGGAAUCUGUUAAAGGGCUGCCAGGGAGAACAUUUUUUUCAAUCAUCUCUCUUCAUGUCUCCCCUCCCCUCUCCCAGAGGUAGAUUCACCCUGAGUUUCUUAACCCUCCCAUCAGAGGUGUCCAGAGACUGAUAGCCCAGGGUGGGUGUGCCCUAAGGAAGUGGGGUUCCAGGGCUUGCUCCAGCUCCUUCUGUAUGGCCUUCCAUAACCUGGGGAGGUUCUCUUCCCCUUCAUGGAGGACGAACUGACCAGGUCUGCAGGUAGCAAAAAAAAAGGCCACCCAGCCCCAGACCAGGAUCUUACAAGGGCAAUGACACUGGUUGAGACCUCCAUGCUUCCUCAUUCCAAAUGUCCUCCUGUUUUGAUCUUAAACAUGGACAUUCCCAUUGGGAUAAACUGGCAUGAGCUGAGGGCAGUUCCAUUUACUAUCAAGAGUUGUAUUUUUGUAUUGUCCUCUCUUUUAUGCCAAGUAUACGUGUGUUGGACCAUGCAAUGGAUUUAUGUAGCAAACUUGAGUCUGCAAAUAAAGCAAAGUAACCAGCCACAGCUGGAGUGUGCAGCAGUUCUUAUGGGGACGGAGGGUCUUCUAACACCAGGGGGAUCUAGAGAGCCCAUGAAAUACCCAACAGAGUCAGGAAGGUCCAGGGAUUGACAUUCUCAGAGAAAAUUUGAGCAGGAAUUAGGGGAUUUGUCUUUGAUUAUCCAGUAGUGGCCAAGAAGGAUGAAGCCUUCAAAUGAAGUAGGGCCUUCUUCCUCUUGAGAUUCAUGGAGUGUCUUGAGCUCUGCAGCACAUUGUUGCAAAUCCACUCUGGGACUUAACUUGGCCACCUCCCCUCUGAAGACAGAACUCAGCCCUGCAGUUUGGAAAAUAUCAGUCCCUGUCCUUGGACACAGGACCCCUUCUACCUCCUGAAUAGCUGCUCCCCACGGUGAGGGAGGGCUUGAUCAGUCCCCUCAUCACUAGUGAAGAUUGCCAAAGCAGGAAGGCCUGUUGUACCCACCCCUUGGAGGGGCUCUUCUUACUGUUUGGGUUGUGUUUGGGGAGCCCCACAUUUAGUGAUCAGCCUUUUUAAGCUGGAGCACCUUCUCAACAGUGGCACCUCCAUGUUUAUCAUGAAGGAUUAAAUGCAUCCUGUUAAAAUGUAAAUUUGGUUUUAGUCACUUAAUCCUUCCCUGGAGUCAGAUUCCUGGAGUCCUGGAGUGCUCUGGAAGAAUCAAUCCUUCUUCCAAACAGACUAAAUGAGGAUGUUAUUGGGGAUUAAGACUCCUUUCUUUCCUAAGAUAAAAGGUGGAAGAAAAGGUCCAUCUCUUUUGGACUGAAGGCGGCAAAAGCAAUUAGAUUCCUUUCUCAUUCACCACUGUUGCUUAGUAAGACGAGGGCUCAUCUUCCUGUUUAUACACACUGGUCUGUGGUUUGGCCAGACAAGUGUGGGAGAAAUUUUCAGCACAGAAUACAUCCCCAUCUGCUGCUUUUCUCUGGCUGGUACAACCAAGAA